CCUUGCAUGCUGCCGGCUUUGGAGGACGCAGGUUGCUGGGUGCUGUGCUGCUGACCACGCUGAGCAGGGGCCAGCCUCAGAGCACCAAGAGAGGAAGGAGAAGGGGCCUUGUUGACUCACUUGCCGGGCAGCUGAGUGCCUAGUGACAAGCAGUAAACAAAGGCACAGCAACUGGGCAGUGGCCACGCAACCGGCAGGCUCGGCCCUGGAAAACUGGGCCAUAGGGAAGGCCUAGAGAGUCCGGAGGCCUUGGGAUGCAGCCUUUGACGCAGGAAGCAGGCAGCAGCCAGGCCUCAGUGACGCUGGCCAGCGCCCUGCAAGUCAGGGGCGAGGCGCUAUCAGAGGAGGAAAUCUGGUCCCUCUUGUCACUGGCUGGGGAGAGGCUCCUGGAAGACCUCCGCCACGACUCCUGCGCCUAUGUGGUCUGCCCCUGGUCCACCCUUCUUUCUGCGGCCGGAAGUCUCUCUUUCCAGGACCACGUUUCUCACUUAGAGGCUGCUCCUUUCAAGGCCCCAGAACUGCUGCAGGGCCAGAGUGAGGACGAUCAUCCAGACACAUCCCAGGGGCACGUCUACUCGCUGGGCAUGACCCUUUACUGGGCCGCAGGAUUCCGAGUCCCGCCAAGCCAGCCCCUGCGGCUUCACCAGCCCCUGCAUGCCCUGCUGCUGGCCAUGUGCGAAGACCAGCCCAGCAGGCGGUGCCCACUACAGGCCAUCCUGGAAGCCUGUCGGACCCAUCAGGAGGCGGUGGCCGUGGCCCCACUCCUUGCCAGCCUGCACGUGCGACAGCUGGUGGGCUUAGUUCUGGGCACAAUCGCCAAGGUGGAGAGAAGAAUGGUGCGGGAAGACAUCUGUACGCAGCAGGGCAGAAGCUGCCUGCUCAGGAAGAGGCUGCAGCCGCCGAGUGGUGAGAGGCCCGAGGUUCGGGCCGGGUACCACCUGCAGCUCCACAGAGAGCGAAACAUGGAGGCGCAGAGCUCCGGGGAUCCCCACUGGAGCAGCUCAGCACACAGCCCCUGCAGCCCGUCUGAGAACAGUGCUCUCACAGGUGCAGCGCCCCUUGGUGGGCAGGCCGGCCAGCGGCUCGGCUCAGGGGCCGCGCUCCGGGCGGAAGCAGAGCACUCGUGGUCAGUGACUCGCCAGCAGGGUCUCUUGCAGAGGAAGGCAAAGUUCUCCAGGCCGGAGUUCCUCCUGCUGGCUGCCGAGGCCCCGGUGACGCUGCACCUGCCCGGAUCAGUUGUGACCAGAAAGGGGAAGUCCUACCUGGCUCUCAGGGACGUCUGUGUGGUUCUGCUGAGCGGGCGGUGUCUGGAGGUGAAGUGUGACAUGGAGUCCACGGUGGGAGCUGUCUUCGAUGCUGUCGUGUCCUUUGCCAACCUUGGGGACGCCACCUACUUUGGCUUGGCUUAUGCGAAAGGCAAAGAGUUCUUUUUCUUGGACAAUGAAACCAGAUUGUGUAAAGUAGCCCCUGAAGGCUGGAGGGAGCAGUCCCUGAAGACAUCCACGGUUACCUUCACGCUCUUUCUGCGGAUCAAGUUCUUUGUCAGCCACUGUGGGUUGCUCCUGCCCAGCUUGACCAGGCAUCAGUUCUACCUGCAGCUCCGUCAGGACAUCCUGGAGGAGAGACUGCGCUGUGAUGACGACGAGACCCUGCUGCGGCUGGGGGUCCUUGCCCUGCAGGCCGAGUUUGGCAGUUACCCGAAGGAGCAGGCAGAGAAUAAGCCGUAUUUUCAAGUUGAAGAUUACAUCCCUCCCACUCUGAUCGAAAGGAUGACAGCUCUCCGGGCCCAAGUAGAAGUCUCCGAGAUGCACCAGCUCAGCUCUGCGCUGUGGGGAGCAGAUGCGGAGCUGGAGUUCUUGAGGGUCACUCAGCAGCUCCUGGAAUAUGGGGUUCUGAUUCACCAAGUUUUCCCAGAAAAGAAGAGGCUGGAGGAAGAGAUGGCCUUGGGGGUCUGCUCCAAAGGCGUCAUCAUAUACGAAGUGAAAAACCAGAGCAGAGUUGCGACCUUAUGGUUCCCAUGGGAAGAAAUCGGAAAGAUUUCGACUUAUCGAAAAAAACUCACCAUCACCAGCAGCCUCACCGGGAAGAAGCACACAUUCGUCACGGAUUCAGCCAAGACCUGCACAUAUUUACUGGGCCUCUGCUCUGCCCAGCACGGCUUCCACGCGCAGACAGGCUCCGGGCCGCCUCCUCGCCUCUCAGCUGGCCGGAGGAAGGCUGUGCAAACAGCCAGUCUGAGCCCCGCACACCAGGCCUCAUCGAAGCCCCUCAGCUGGAGUCAGAGACUGUCGUGCUCUGAAAAUGAGCUGUUUGCACCCAGGAUGCAGGAUGCUGUGGGAGGCCUGCUGAGCAUGUCGCUGGAGAACUUCAGCUCUGAUGGCACCAAGGAAGCUGUGAGAGGCAGCCCCUGUGCUGGCCAGGAGCAGCAGGACAGUGCCUGUUUGAUGCAGAAGCCAAGGAACUGUGACCGUCUCUUGGGGCCGCUUGCUCAGGGCAUGUGCCCAGGGUCACAGAGUAGCAGGAGAGGGAGCCUCACCGCUGAGCUGCGUCGGGAACUUGUGCACGUGGCGCUGCAGCGGGACCCGCACCGAGGCUUCGGUUUUGUCAUCAGUGAGGGAGAAGAUGUGGGCCAAGCGAGUCCUGGCAUUUUUAUAUCUUCUGUUAUACCUGGAGGACCAGCAGCAAAGACAAAGAAGAUCAAACCAGGAGGGCAGAUCCUGGCCUUGAACCGCAUCAGCCUGGAUGGCUUCACCUUCGCCAUGGCCGUCAGAAUGAUUCAGAAUUCUCCUGACCACCUAGAGCUCACCGUUUCCCAGGCCGAAGGUGUUUGUGGAAACGCCCCCAGGGAAGGAAAGGACGGCAUGGCCACUCCUGGCAUCUUCACUCCAGGCGUCCUGAGUGCCGGGCACCAGGGAAGCAUCUCAUCACAUGUGCAAGAGCAGGACGGAGACCCUGAGGAGCGGGAAAUGGCCCAGGCGCAGAGCCCCACACCCCAGCAGAGGCCUCAGCACGCGCCUCUGCCAGGGAAGGGUGCUGGUACUUCUCCCCCCCCAUCACCUCUGGAAACCAACUCAGGCGAAAUAUACUUCGUAGAGCUGGUUAAAGAAGACGGAACACUUGGAUUCAGCGUGACGGGUGGCAUCAACACAAGCGUGCUCCAUGGAGGCAUCUAUGUGAAGUCCAUCACCCCUGGAGGCCCAGCUGCCAAGGAAGGACGGAUUCUGCAGGGUGACAGGCUUCUCCAGGUGGACGGCGUGAGUCUCUGCGGCCUCACCCACAAGCAGGCGGUACAGUGUCUCAAGGGUCCCGGACAGGUGGCGAGGCUGGUCUUGGAGAGGAGAAGCCCAGGCCUGGCACAGCAGUGUCCUUCUGCUAAUGAUGGGAUGGGAGAGCGCUCGGCGGUUUCCUUGGUAACAGCCCUGCCUGGCGGGCCUGCGAGCUGUGUCUCGGUGACAGAUGGUCCUAAGUUUGAAGUCAGGCUGAGAAAGAACACCAACGGCCUGGGGUUCAGCUUCGUGCAGGUGGAGCGGGGCAGCUGCAGUCUCCUUCGGAGCGACCUCAUCAGGAUUAAGAGGCUGUUUCCGGGGCAGCCAGCUGAGGAGCAUGGGGCCAUCGCAGCUGGUGACAUCAUCCUGGCGGUCAACGGAAGGCCCACGGAGGGCCUAGUCUUCCAGGAGGUGCUCAAUCUACUGCGAGGGCCCCCCCAGGAUAUUACACUCCUCCUCUGCCGGCCGCCUCCAGGUGUGCUGCCCGAGAUGGAGCCAGGGUGGCAGACACCAAUGGACAAAGAAUUCACCAGGGCAACCUGUACUGACUCAGAGCAGAGCCCCAGCCUGGACCAGGAGGACAGCUGGAGGGACAGCACCUCCCCAGAGGCAGGAGAGGACCUGGCUCUUGGAGAGGCACAAGGGAGUCGAGACACGGACAGACCGAGGGCCAGGUCCUUGGCUCUUCCCUUGGAGUCCCAUCCUCACCUAUGCCAACGUCACCGAGAGACAGAGGUGCCAUCCCCGGCCAGCCCUUUGGAGCAGGAUAUGAGACAGAACUGCUAUUCUGUGUGUGACAUCAGGAGACUUGGCAGAUUGUCGCUCUCAUCCUCUCUCACCAGACUUGCUACAGAUAUUUUCUGAGCGCCUCUCUGCAGGUCUCCUGUGCUGUCCAGAGCCCGCUGCCCGGGGUGGGGUGCCACCGGGGGCAGCCCCGGAAGGUUCAUUUUGCCACCUCUUCAUCUGCAGCUGCCUCCCUAGAUAAGAAGCCACACUGUUCCUCUGCCUCCUUUGUCCUUCCUAUGAUACGGGGAGUAAAUGUCACUCUAGCUGGCUGCUUUGCUAAAUAGGCAUUUUUUCAGGGCUUAGACCCAGACCUGAUAUUUGCACAAAGUGCUCUGACGGUCGCCCGCCUGAGCGGCUCCUGAGUCCUUCUCUUUCCCUCUCAGCCCUUGCUAGAAUAGUUGUCACUGUUACAGUCAUGACAGCCUCUCACACCCGCCGCAAACUCACCAUGUGCCAGGCGCCAGGGAGCUGGGAACGGGCUCCUUUAGGUCAGCAUCCUAACUCCCCUGUGCGGCUCAGGACUCCCUGAUUUUUUUUUUUUUUUUAGAAAAUUGAGGUGCUAGUAGAGUUAAUAAACUCAUCCAGGCUCUGCACAGCUCUGCUUACCGUGUGGAAAAUCUGUGCGAGACCUGGGCACAGGUCUGCUUGCCAUGCUGCACCCCUACAAUUCCCCUGUGGUCCCCUGGGCUUGGAAAGCUGCCUGCUGCUCUCAUGGCGCUCUCCUGCAUCUGUCUUCUGCCUGGACUGUGACGUGUGUGCCGCUCUUUGUUCUCAUGACACUGGGGCCUCCUUCAGGACAGGAUCCACGCCUUUGCUGUUUGCUUCCCUGUGCCCACUACCACUUCUGGCAAAAGCUGCUUGAACCCUGGCUGGGUCUCACCUGAUGCAUCAAGGGAAGGCAGGGCGAGGAGCUCCUGACCAAGGCUGGAAGACACACAGUUUCUGUUUUCUGGUCUGGGAUUGGGCAGGGACCCUGUUGAAGGAGACACGUGCUAUCCACCAGAAGCCCUCUCCAUCUCCUGGGAGGACAAAGAGUACCUGACCAUCCGCUGUGCGUGCGAAGAUCAGCUGCCCUGUGGAGACUGUCUGGAGGUGGACUCGGGGACCAUCC